CCUACGGGGGCUUCGGAUCAGGGCUGCCGCUUCUUCCCGGAGGGCGGCGGUUACAGGGCCGCUGAGAAAAUGCCCGCGGCUGGUGGGACCUCAUACCGGGAGGAGAGGUCGGGGCGGAGGGCGAGGGCGGAGCGCGGACCGGGUGCUGGCCCGUCAGGCAAGAAUGGGGCAGGUGCGGUGGCGGAAGUGCCGGACGCGACUGGAGCCGAGCCGUCUAGGAAGCCGCGGCCGUGGGUCCCCCAGCCCAGAGCAGCUGCCGAGGCUCAGCCUGACCGCAGCAACUAGGGCUCGGGCGCCGGCGAGAUGCCUCUGUUCACCGCCAACCACUUCGAGCAAGAUGUGGAAAAGGCCACAAAUGAGUACAACACUGCAGAAGAUUGGAGUCUUAUUAUGGACAUAUGUGACAAAGUUGGAAGCACUCCUAAUGGAGCAAAAGAUUGCCUAAAAGCCAUAAUGAAAAGGGUAAAUCAUAAGGUUCCUCAUGUUGCUCUGCAGGCAUUAACUCUUCUUGGGGCUUGUGUGGCAAACUGUGGAAAGAUAUUUCAUUUAGAAGUAUGUUCCCGUGAUUUUGCAACAGAAGUACGUGCUGUGAUCAAAAAUAAGGCUCAUCCUAAAGUAUGUGAAAAACUGAAAUCUUUAAUGGUGGAGUGGUCAGAAGAAUUUCAGAAGGACCCUCAGUUUAGUCUGAUAUCUGCAACUAUUAAAUCUAUGAAAGAAGAAGGAAUUACUUUUCCUUCAGCAGGUUCUCAGACUGUCUCAGUUGCUGCCAAGAAUGGUACAUCAUCGAACAAAAACAAAGAAGAUGAAGAUAUAGCUAAAGCUAUUGAAUUAUCAUUGCAAGAGCAGAAGCAGCAGCACACAGAAACAAAAUCCUUAUAUCCAUCUGCAGAAAUUCAGUCAAAUAAUAAAGUUGCAAGGAAAGUGAGAGCUUUAUAUGAUUUUGAAGCUGUUGAGGACAAUGAACUCACCUUUAAACAUGGUGAAAUUAUUAUUGUUUUGGAUGACAGUGAUGCCAAUUGGUGGAAAGGAGAAAAUCACAGAGGAAUAGGACUCUUCCCAUCUAAUUUUGUAACAACUAAUUUAAACAUAGAACCUGAGGCAGCUGUGGACAAAUUGAAUGUAAUUGAUGAUGAGGAGGAGGAAAUUAAGAAGUCAGAGCCUGAGCCUGUUUAUAUAGAUGAGGAUAAGAUGGAUAGAGCCCUGCAGGUACUGCAGAGUAUAGAUCCAACAGAUUCAAAACCAGACUCCCAAGACCUCUUGGACUUAGAAGAUAUCUGCCAACGGAUGGGUCCAAUGAUAGAUGAAAAACUUGAAGAGAUUGAUAGGAAGCAUUCAGAAUUGUCUGAAUUGAAUGUAAAAGUCUUGGAAGCUCUGGAACUAUAUAACAAGUUGAUGAAUGAAGCACCAGUAUAUUCAGUCUAUUCAAAGAUCCAUCAUCCGGCACAUUACCCACCUUCAUCAGCUGGAGUUCCAAUGCAGACAUAUCCAGUUCAACCACAUGGUGCAAACUAUAUGGGUCAAAGUAUUCACCAAGUCACUGUUGCCCAAAGCUACAGCCUAGGACCAGAUCAAAUCGGUCCACUGAGAUCGAUGCCUCCAAAUGUGAAUUCCUCAGUGACAACACAGCCUGCCCCAACUCCGUAUUUAAGCGCUGGACAAGACACUGUUUCCAAUCCUACUUACAUGAAUCAGAACUCUCACCUUCAGUCAGCUACUGGUGCAGCUGCUUACACGCAGCAAAUGGGGAUGUCUGUGGAUCUGUCAUCUCACCAGAGCACUACUUCCAGUUUGCCGCGGUCGGCAGGCUUUGCGGUGGCAGCUCCAGCUCAUUCAGUUGCACAGCAGCAAACAGAUUACCCUCAGCAGCAGCCUCUCCUUUAAAAACAGACCAAGCAUUUUCUUGAAAGCCUUCCUAAGUGUACUACUCGACCCUUGUGAUUGUAAUCUGAAAAUAUUAAAAGAAGAAAAAAAUUUUUUCUCAGCUCAAAAGGCCCAUGAAUAAAUAAAGCACAGAAACGUAUUUUACUCUAAUAGGCCAUAAAAGGUUUUUUCAGCCCCAACUUAUUUGAGGUCAAAUUUUUGAUGAGAGGCAGCUUCAAGUUGCUUCCAGUUAGUUUUUUCUUACUUUCAAAUCUCUACACAAAUCUGGACAACCAGUAAGUAGCCUUAUGACACUAAACAACAUGAGAUAGGAGCAUAUAAAGAAACCACCAUUUAGCCCUAAAAUAUCAUAAUUGGGAGAGCACUGAAACCUUUAAGUAUUUUUUGUCUGCGUAUUUUUUUUUUCAGAGUUUCCCACCCAUCAUUAUUUUAAAAGGCGAACAUGUUUUUGUGUAUGCAUUUAGCUUCCCUACAUAUUUCCUUUGGCUUCUUAAAUUGUAGUUGUGUUUGCAGUACUGUCAGUUGUGCUCUCAGUGGUGUGUUGAGUAAUAAUUAGCAUAUAAUUGUCUACAGAAGCAAGAGCACUUUGGGAGGAACAAAAAUGUUUUCUGUUAUUAUCAGUGAAGACGAUGUAAAUGCAGUUGUGUGAUAAAGCAUUUAGCCAGUCUCCCAAUCAUGCCAACAAGUGGGCUGAGGAGUGCCCCACAAAACAUUUCCAUUCCCUGGAAAAAAACCAUUUCUUUUCCUACAAGGGUCCUUGGCAUUUAGAAUUGCCACUAAUGACCUUUUCAAGUGAUUUUGGCCAUUCUCUAAUGAAGGUAUGGUCAGGUUUUUUGUUUGUUUUGUUUUGUUUUCCUGUAGUGUGGUGUGCAGAGAUGCUGCAUUUCCUUUUUACAGAGUAUAUGUGAAUCUGAGCUAUGAGACAUUCCUAAUAAUUUGAUGUGAUAUAUAUACCAAGUGUGGAUGAUGUAUGUUUUUAUUGAUGUGUUGUUCUUUUAAAGAGAUGAUUUGAGUACCACUGGUAUGCUAGACUGUUGAAAAUUUUGGCCAUUCCUUUCAAAAGUAAUCCUGAGCCUGUGGAAUAAUAACAGGCAAUGGCUUUAUAGGGAAGCCAUCAAGACAGUUUUCCUGAAGCCUAUGUUUUAAGUGAGUUUAUAGUGCUAAUAGAUUCCACAUACUUUAGGAGUUAGGUAGUAAACCAAUAAGGAUUGUUUUCUUUCCUAAAAAUUUGCAUCAUCUGCCAACUUUUUAGAUAACACAACAUGCAAAUACAUAUGCUUACAGAUACAUGGUAUUUAGACUGGGGAAAAACAAUGGACAUAAGUUUUGUUUUUAAAAAGUUAACUUGUGGGAAUUCUCUGGUGGUCCAGUGGUUAGGACUCGGCACUUUCACUGCUGGGGCCCGGGUUCGCUCCCUGGUUCGGGGAACUAAGAUCCGACAAGCCGCCAAAAAAAAAAUGUUAAUUUGCAUGGAAGCAAGAUUUCUAUAUUGUUUUUUAAAGAAAGCCCUUAAUCUUUCUACCAAGAAUCCAUUUGAAGACAGUACUCUGGAAAUUUUUGUCAUUUAUGUAGUUACAGAAAUUUGAUUAUAAGUAUGUUCCUUUUUCAAAGAAACUGUAUAUUAGAACAAAAUAGUGUUAUGUAUACCACUUGGUCUACAUGUAAAGGGAAAAACAAGCAGUAUUUGAAAGCCCAAUUUCUGUCAUUGUCUUAUUUCAGGUACAAGUAACUGGAAAGAAACUUAACCUUUCAUGUCUCUAUUCUGUUUUUUAUCCAGUAUUUUCCUUCUAUGUGAAUUCAAUUAUAUACUUACAAAAAAUUCUAAAAUGGCACCUUACUUUUUUGGAAAUGAAUCUUCUAUUCUUUAAAGAAAACAAAACAUAAAAAACAUUUACAAAGCUGCUCUUGAUAAUAAUUAAUGUUUGCAUAUAUAUGGAAAAUCUUAUUUUUCCCCCCAAACAAUAUUUAAUAAAGUUAUUUUGAUGUUUGUGUAAAUAAUUCAUGUAUAAUUGUGAUCUGAGUUGUAAAAGCUUAAUUCUGUGUAAGUCUUUGAAGUAGAAUAAAUACUGCACACCCACUAAAUCGGGAUCUGCCAUUUAAGUUCACCUAAUGUAGUUUUGUAAUGAUAUAACAUGCAACAUGUAUAUAGUGUAUAUUGGCAUUCAUCUGUGAAAUUUUAUACAUCCAGAAGUUUCUUCUCCCUUUUAAAUUAAAAAUUAUUUUUGCCAUACUGUAAUGAAUUUUGUGUUGCAGGUUGUUGAUAGUAUAAAAACGUUAUUAAAUCUGUGUACUGAGAUGAUAUUUUUGGUGUUAAUAAAUACAGGGUUGUUAUUUUUCUUUCUUUUUCGUGAUCUUAUGGAUUGUAUUUAAGACCUGUUUAUAAUUAAAUGUUUUCUGCCAAAGGAAUUGUCUAACAUCAGAUUUCUACAUUAGGUUCAUAGGUUUAUAUAAAAAAUAAAAAUAACUUCUGCUUUUUCAUAUUGUAUCUUGGUACAUUAGAAAGAAUUCCUGAAAAUUUAUAAUAAAAUUAAUUUUCACUAAUGUAGGAAAAAUUUCCCCUGGAUGUUAAACUAUAUAAAGUAGGAUAUGUUCUUAUAGUUUGAAAAAUGUACGGUCUAUCAAUAUUGUCUUGUAAUUUGGUAAUUUGUUUAUAAAAUUACCUGAACAUUAAAUAAUUACAAUAUUUAUCAACUAGGAGUUGAUACUUGACUACGUAACAAAUUUCACUGUAAAUUUUUGAAGAUAAGUUAUAGUUUCAUUGUCCAAAUUUUUAAAAAAUUGAUUAUUAGAUGUUAAAAAAAAUUAUGGCUUAAAGAUUUAAAAAGCAAGUUUUUCUUAGUAAAAAUUGUAAGUGUCAAGGCCCCUGACUUCUAGGAGAGGAUUUAUUGAAUUGUCAUUAUGAUGAGAAAGCUGAAGUUAUUUUUGUAAAUAAUAAAUUGUAAAUAAUAUAGCACCAAUCUGUCAUGCUUUGUUUCUGUCAAAAGG